CGCACGCCAGCCCACCCAGGCAGAAAUUAGAUUUGGACCACGCGGAGAACUCGCAAGACUAAAACAUGUCGGUCGUGAGCGCGCUGCCUUUUCUGAAGCCCGCGCACGCUCCGGUUUCCCCCGGCCGACAGCGUCGUCACACACUCCCCGCCAGCGAGUUCCGCUCUCUUAACACGGAGGAUGCUGUGAGCGUGUUUGAGCUCGAGAGAGAAGCCUUCAUGUCCGUGUCUGGAGAAUGUCCCCUUUAUCCUGACGAGGUUCGGCACUUCCUCACGCUCUGCCCCGAACUCUCCAUGGGAUGGUUUGUGGAAGGGACCUUGGUUGCGUUCAUCAUUGGGUCACUUUGGGACCAAGACCGUCUGACCACGGUGAGUUGUGACGAUGAGCUAACUGACGCUUCAGUUUACGGAGAUGUUAUUUUUUGUAGCAUAGAAAUGAAUAACUGUCACGAUACGUUAUCGUUACAGGAUGCCCUCACCCUCCACCGGCCGCGCGGCACCACGGUUCACGUCCACGCGCUGGCUGUCCGCCGCACGUUUCGCCAGCAAGGCAAAGGUUCCACGCUGAUGUGGCGCUACCUGCAGUACCUGCGCUGCCUGCCGCACGUGCGCCGGGCCGUCCUCAUGUGCGAGCCCCUUUUGGUUCCCUUCUACCAGAAGUCCGGAUUCGUGGUGCAGGGGCCGUCCGAGAUCACCGUGGGGCCCCUCACCUUCGUGGAGAUGCAGUGUCCCGUGCGCGGGCACGCUUUCAUGCGGCGCAACAGUGGCUGCUGAAGCGGAUUUAUUCGCACGUGGCAAAGCGGUCGAAGGCAGAGUGGGGAAUCCGGGACGUUUCUUCCCCCCUUCUGCUUUCGGGUUUCUCUGCCCUUGCGUGUGAUGGCUGUGGUCCGUGCUGUAAAUGUAACAGAGACUUGAUCUUCAGUAUAAUCUUUCUACACUUUACAGCUGGACUCCUUAGGACCCAGUUAAAUGGGGUAUUAGCCGUGUCACGCCAAAUUUUAGUUGCUGCCAACAGCUUACAGAUUUAAAAAAAAGAAAAAAAAAAGAAAUCGGGGUAGAAUUUAUUUAUUGUAUUUUGUACGUUGGAAAAAAUACUUAUUGAUCUAGCGUGAUUACUGUAGUUUAUUUUUUAACUUUCAUGUAUGUUUUAUGAUGUAAGGAAAGAGGCUAAUUUGCUUGGUGUGAUGCAGCAGGACAUGCACUCAAUGCUAUUCUAUCCCUCAGCUAACCUAGAAUGUACAACCAAAUGUAGACCAUGGUUUUAAACGCUGGCUUGGUUAUUUAAAGGCCGUGUUGUUUUUACUAAUUGUCUUGUCUUUUGGUUAACUGAUGUUUUUUUUUUUGUUUUGUUUUUUUGGAUUGAAGCUAGAGGUGUUUAGAUUUGCCUGUUUUUUGGAAGCAUUCAAAUAGCUGUUACAGCGGUCUUUUAUGACCAAGCCCCGGAUAUUACAUCACAGCAAAUGAUUCAUGCAUAAUGAACAAUUUAGCAAAUCAAAAUCAUUGUGGGAAAAAGUAUUACAAAAUGUUCCUUUCCUUUACUCUGAGUGCAGUGGGAAUUUGACAGUAUUAAAAUUUCCACAUUUUUCCAAAUGAGGAGUCAAAAUGGAAAUUAAUUGGCCCACUUGGAUACACGGAUAUUUUGUUGUUCCAUUCCAUUUGUCUGUUAACAGGAUGGUUCAAGCAAAAUGUGUUACUAUUUAGGUGAAGGUAUCUGAUCCAGGAUCAGUUUUCCUAAGAUAAGAGUCUCCCUCUCCUCUGCACAUCAGACCCAACUGUUAGUCUAUGAGACAUCACAGUCUGUAAAGAGUCAUGGACUUAUUUAUCUGCAUUAGCAAGAAUCCUUUAGGUCACAUUUGAAGAGCUGUGUCGUCACGUUUCCUUGAGAUCCCUGAGUGACCAAGGAGACAGAGCAGAGAAUCCGGCUUUCCCAAACAGACAUGGGGUGGAGUCUUGAAUCAAGACAUCUUUGGUUUUGUACAUUUUGUA